AUGCAUUUAAAGGCAGGCAAGUCGCAGACCACCAAAGGUAUAUGGAUGGCUCGAUGUGCUGGCAUUGAACCGUGCACUAUUGUUAUGGAUCUUGAGGGCACCGACGGAAGAGAACGAGGAGAGGAUGAUACCGCGUUUGAAAAACAAAGUGCACUUUUUGCGCUUGCUGUUUCGGACAUAGUACUUAUAAAUAUGUGGUGCCAUGAUAUCGGUCGUGAGCAUGCUGCAAAUAAGCCUCUACUAAAAACCGUUUUCCAGGUCAUGAUGAGAUUAUUUAGUCCACGCAAAACAACGUUAAUUUUUGUUAUACGCGAUAAAACAAGAACACCUUUGGAAAAUUUAGAGCCUGUCUUAAGAGAAGAUAUACAGAAGAUAUGGGAUUCGGUUCCGAAGCCAGAAGCCCAUAAAGAAACACCAUUGAGUACAUUUUUCAAUAUUGAAGUUGUUGCUUUUUCUAGCUACGAAGAGAAGGAAGAACUGUUCAAAGAACAGGCUGCCAACUUGAGGCAAAGAUUCUACCAUUCCAUUGCACCUGGAGGGCUUGCUGGUGAUAGGCAAGGAGUUGUUCCCGCUUCGGGUUUUUCUUUUAGUUCAGAACAGAUUUGGAAAGUUAUUAAGGAGAAUCGCGACCUUGACCUGCCAGCUCACAAGGUGAUGGUGGCCACCGUGCGUUGCGAAGAAAUUGCUAACGAGAAAUACUCCGCCUUUGUUACAAACAAGGACUGGUGUGAGCUAGAGGAAGCUGUGAAAUCUCAUUUGGUGCCAGAUUUUGGGAAGAAGCUUAGUUCAAUGCUUGAAACUUGUAUUUCAAGCUACGAUGACGAUACUACGUUUUUCGAAGAUGGAGUUAGGACAGCAAAGCAAAAGCAACUGGAAGAGAAAUUGUUGCAACUUGUUCAAGCUGCCUACCAGUUAACUUUGGAACACAUAAGGUCUGAAACACUUGAAAAGUUCAAUAAAGCAUUUGAUAGUGCAUUGAGUGAAGGACAAGGGUUUUCAAAAGCUGCUAUUAAUUGCAAAACAUCAAUCAUGAAAUUAUUUGAUGAACAUUGUAAAGGUGCUGUUGUCAAACAAGCUGACUGGGAUCCAUCUAAAGAAAGGGAAAAGCUUUCGCUUGAUCUUGAUGCACAUAUUUCUGAUGUUUGUAAUGCAAAGCUAUCUGAUCUUUCUACACAAUAUGAGUCUAAACUAAAGGAGGCACUAUAUGGACCAGUGGAAGCACUUCUACAAGCAACUAAUGAUGAAACAUGGCCUUCAAUAAGAAAACUUUUUAAACGUGAGACAGAAAAUGUUGUCGCCGAGUGUUCUGCUGCACUUUCUGGCUUUGACAUGAAAGAACAAUCCAAAAAGGAUUUCUCAUCAAAAUUAGAAAAUUAUGCAAUAGACUUAGUUGAAAAGGUGGCCAAAGAAGAAGCUGGUAGAGUUCUAUAUCUUAUGAAAGAGAGGUUUACAAGCAUAUUUAAUCAUGAUAGCGAUCAAAUGCCUCGGGUUUGGAGUGGAAAGGAAGAUAUUCGAGCAAUUACUAAAACCGCUCGUUUAUCUUGUUUACAGUUGCUAUCUGUAUUGGCCGCAAUUCGUUUGGAUGGAGACGCAGAUAAGAUUCAAGAGACGCUUAUCCUUACUUUAUUAGAUCCAACGAAAGUUGCUGUUAAGAGCUCCACUUCAAAUGAUCCAUUGGCCUUAAGCACUUGGGAGAAGGUCCCCGCAUCAAGGACGUUGAUUACUCCUGUUCAGUGCAAAUCUUUGUGGAGUCAGUUUCAAAAAGAGACCGAGUAUACAGUCACUCAAGCUAUAUCUGCCCAGGAAGCUAACAAGAAAAGCAGCAAUUGGUUACCACCUCCAUGGGCUAUUAUGGCCUUAUUUGUUUUGGGAUUCAACGAAUUCGUGACCCUUUUGAGGAAUCCGUUGUAUCUGAUAUUGAUUUUCGUCGGUUAUUUGCUUUUGAAAGCUUUGUGGGUUCAACUAGACGUUGCUUCUGCAUUCCGCAAUGGCUUUCUUUCAGGCAUGCUCUCAAUAUCCACCAAAUUUAUUCCCGCCAUCCUCAACCUGACGAGAAAACUCUCAGAGCAAGGACAAACGCCCAACAAUCCACAAAUUACUCAUCAACAUAGUUCUUAGUAUGAAUAGUAUCGCCAAAUUUAGUGGGGGAUAAGAGAGGCAUUAGACAAACAUUUCAUCUAGGUGAGGUGACAUUUAGUAAAGAAAUCUAAUCCAACGGCCCGUUUGGACAUGUCACUAGUAGUGAAUCAAUUCAUCGGAUAAUGAACUUCUCGUGCAUGCCAAAUUGAUCGUUUUUCUAAUACGAUCCGUAUUGGGUUUCUAAGUAUUUUACUCCCAAACAAGGUAACAAAAGCCAUACAUACAUUAUAUACAUGUUUGUUACUUCUUUUUGGUUUUUCCUUUGAUUGUAUGUGAAAAAA